UAGUUAACUCAACAUUACAACAACUGCAACAACUACAAAACUACAGCAACAAAAACAAUCACUAUUCCCACAAAAAGACAUGGCUCUCAAAACCUCUCUCCUCCUAAUUAUUGCCCUGUGUUCUAUCUUCUCACCUCUCUCCAAUUCCAUGGACUUCAAUUUCCCAGCAGUUUUCAAUUUUGGUGAUUCGAAUUCCGACACUGGUGGACUCGUUGCUGGAAUGGCCGAGCCCCUUGAGCCCCCCAAUGGCCAGAUUUACUUCAAAAAACCAUCCGGGAGAUUCUGCGAUGGCCGCCUUAUCAUCGAUUUCUUGAUGGAUGCAAUGGAUCUGCCAUUUCUAAACUCAUAUUUGGAUUCAAUUGGAUUGCCCAAUUUCAAAAAAGGAUGCAAUUUUGCAGCUGCAGGCUCUACCAUACUUCCUGCAACUGCAUCGUCUGUCAGCCCGUUUUCAUUUGGUAUUCAAGUCUCUCAGUUCUUGCGUUUCAAGGCUCGGGUUCUUUAUCUCCUUUCUAAAACAAGGAAACUUGACAAGUUCCUACCUGCAGUGGAUUCUUUUGACAAGGGGCUUUACAUGUUUGACAUAGGACAGAAUGACCUUGCUGGUGCUUUCUAUUCCAAAUCAUUGGAUGUAAUUCUUGCUUCAAUUCCAACAAUUUUAGCAGAAUUUGAAGCUGGAAUUCAGAAACUAUAUGACCAAGGGGCAAGAAAUUUCUGGAUUCACAACACAGGACCACUGGGUUGCUUGCCUCAGAACAUAGCAAGAUUUGGAAGUGACCCAUCAAAGCUAGAUGAGCUAGGAUGUGUGAGCUCCCAUAACCAAGCUUCAAGGCUUCUCAAUCUUCAACUCCAUGCACUUUCUACAAAGUUGCAGGGACAGUACACUGAUGCAAAUGUCACAUAUGUUGACAUUUUCACCAUCAAAUCUAACCUCAUUUCAAACUACUCUCGUUAUGGAUUUGAACAAGCAUUAAUGGCAUGUUGUGGCUAUGGAGGUCCACCAUUGAACUACGACAGUCGAGUCGCCUGUGGCCUAACAAAAGUGAUAAAUGGGAGCUCAGUCACAGCCAAGGGUUGCAAUGACAGUACUGAAUAUGUGAGUUGGGACGGAAUUCACUACACCGAGGCUGCAAAUCAGUAUGUUUCCUCCCAAAUUCUCACUGGGAAAUACUCCGAUCCCUCCUUCUCCGGCCAGAUGCCUUUCCUUCUCAAUCUCAAGUUCUGAAAAUCAUUAUUUUAUUUUUAUUUUGACAAAAAUCUGUAAUUUUAUGUGUAAUAUUGUGAGUCAUGAAUGAAUUUUAAGUUCUGACCAAAUGGAUAUCAUAGGACUGAGUUAGAAAUGCAAGGAUGACACUUCAUUAUUUGCUGCAAAA